GUACAUACAUACUCAGACCUAGAAUAGAUCAUCAGCAUCUUCAUAGCAUCUUCACUACCAAGCUUCUUCACAAUCUAAGGUACCAUACCUUAGAUCAACAACUCAAAUACUGCACUUACAUCUCAACCCUCAUCACCAAAAUCAACCGCCAAAAUCAGAAUGCUCACCAACAUGAACGCCCUCCUCCCCCUCCUCCUGGCCGCCGCCACGGCCCCCUUUACUCUCGCGGCCCCAGCACCCGCACCCGCCCAGUUAGACGCCCGCACUUCGCCAUCCGAAAUCCUCCCCACAACAAUAAUCAACCACGACAUGUCCUUCAGCUCUCCCAACGUCUGCCUCCACCCCUCCGCCAGCGAGGUCUCCAUCUACAAAACCUCCUCCGGCGGCGGCCGCUCCGUCAUGUACAGCUUCACCUACCCGUCCAUCCCGGCAGGCGCCCAAUGCUGGCUGGAACUGACCACCACGGGGUCGACCAACAUUGUCCCGAGCACCGGCGCACAGGUGGAUGUCUUCACCCAGUGGGCCGCGGGCAAGUGUGACGGGGUGGCGACGGGGAAUAACAGGAAUGUGUAUCUUGGACGGUUGAAUGUGCCCAAGGCGGGGACUGCCAGUUGGAAGAUGACGGGGAGUUCGUAUCUGACGGGGAAGAUUCCGUGUCCCAAGGCGGGUACGGUGGAGAAUUUGGAGGUGGUGGUGGCUGGGGAUUCGGGCGAGGCGAGUUUCUCGCAGGGUGCCGGGGCUGGGUUGAGGAUUAUGUAUAGUUCUUGAUCGGAGUUUGAACUCAACAUUGGGCGGGUCAGGGGGUGGUUAGUUGUGAUAUGAUGAUAUGCGGGAUGGGGAUGCUGAUGUUCUAUUGUCACCUCAUGCAAUGUCAAGGAACAGGCCGGUUGCACUGAGGGAUCAUGGGGAUAGGUACUAGGGGUUAGGCGUUUUGAGUUUUCAGGGCUACUUUUCCUUCAUGGGAUCUACUUCCUUUUUUGGCUCUGAUAUGAGUCGAGUUGUUGAAGGUCGGUUAUGGUUGGCUUAUACAGGGCAUUUCAGCAUUCAUUUAUAGCGGCUGCUUCUAAUACUAUGGUCUGGUUGGAAUUCUU